AUGUCUGCUUGUCCACCGUAUGCCUCAUUCUUCGGGUUCGCCGGCGUGGCGUCAGCCAUGAUCUUUAGCACUAUUGGUGCUGCCUUUGGAACGUCGAAAGCGGGCAUUGGUAUCUCUGGUCUUGCCGUCUUUCGUCCAGAUUUAGUCAUGAAGUCCCUCAUACCGGUUGUGAUGUCUGGUAUCAUCGCCGUUUAUGGCCUGGUCGUAUCUGUGAUGAUAGCAGGGGACCUGGACCCGAGUAAAGAUUACCCGCUUUUCAAUGGUUUCAUUCAUCUUGCUGCUGGUUUGUGUUGUGGAAUCACUGGGAUGGCUGCGGGCUACGCGAUUGGAAUAGUUGGAGACGCAUGUGUACGAGCAUACGUGUACGAGUCAAGAGUAUUCGUGGGUAUGGUUCUUAUCCUCAUUUUCUCAGAAGUGUUGGGGUUAUAUGGGUUAGUUAUUGCGCAGUCAUUUUUUUGA